AAGGAAUGCCAUCAGCCACAUCGCCCUCUCCAGCUCUCAUUAAAAAACCUCUUGCCUGGGGGCGGAGCUUUCGAAGCUCGCCCAUUGCCUCCCAGUCUCCCACCCUCGCAACCAUCACCGCCGCCCACCGUUCCCACCGCCGCGGCCUUUAUUUCUCCCCCUUCCAUGCCCCGCUCGCCUCCGCCACCUCCCCCUCCUCCCGCCCCUAGGUGACUGUGACUCCCUCCGGCGCCUGAAUCUCCAUCUCGCUCCCCACCCGCCGCCUCCGCCGCGAGAUCUCCGGCUGCCCGCGCCAUGGUCGCCGCCUCCGGCCUUGCGCUGCCGCGGGUGGCCGCACCCUGCCCGGCGCGCCCGCGGGGUGGUCUCCGCCCCGCCUUGCUCCGAUUCGCGCCGCCCGUGGCACUGCCACCGCACCAGCUCCGGUGCUGCGCGUCCACCGUCGAUGACGGCUUGGUGUCCGCAGCGGCCUCCAAGCCCCGCCUCCCCAGGGUGGUUGGUAUGGGUUCAAAGCUUGUCGGAUGUGGAUCAGCCAUCCCAACACUUGGCGUUUCAAAUGAUGACCUUUCAAAAAUAGUUGAGACGUCAGAUGAAUGGAUUGCAGCUCGAACUGGGAUUCGUAACAGGCGAGUUCUUUCAGGAGAUGAAACAUUGCGGGGGCUCUCAAUAAAAGCAGCUCAAAGGGCACUUGAAAUGGCCAAAGUAAAAGCUGAAGAUGUUGACCUUGUUCUCCUUUGUACAUCUACUCCAGAUGAUUUGUUUGGAGGUGCCACUCAGGUGCUGACGGACGUGGGGUGCACAAAGGCUUUUGGAUUUGAUAUUACAGCUGCUUGCAGUGGGUUUAUAGUUGGCUUAAUCACAGCUACUCGUUUUAUCAAAGGUGGAGGUUUUCAGAAUAUCCUAGUAGUUGGUGCUGAUGCUCUUUCAAAAUAUGUGGAUUGGACAGACAGAGGUACAUGCAUCCUUUUUGGUGAUGCUGCUGGUGCUGUGUUGGUACAGGCAUGCAGCGCUGAUGAAGAUGGCUUGCUAGGUUUUUGUGUUCAAAGUGAUGGCAAUGGGCAAAAACACCUAAAUGCCGCAACGGCAAACGAUGAGUCAAUCUUGUCCAAUACCAAUGGUGUUCCUGGAUUUCCGCCAAAGAAGGCAACCUACUCAUGCAUUCAGAUGAACGGAAAGGAAGUUUUCCGCUUUGCUGUCCGAUGUGUGCCACAGUCCAUUGAGAAGGCACUCCAAGAAGCUGGUUUGCCCGCCUCCAGUAUAGACUGGUUGUUGUUACAUCAAGCUAAUCAGCGGAUUAUUGAUGCGGCUGCCAGCCGAUUAGAUAUCCCGUCCGACAAGGUUAUUUCAAAUCUUGCCAACUAUGGCAAUACCAGUGCGGCAUCCAUCCCGUUAGCUUUGGAUGAGGCUGUUCGCAGCGGCAAGGUGAAGGCUGGCGAUAUUAUUGCGGCGUCAGGUUUUGGUGCUGGACUUACCUGGGGUUCAGCUAUUGUCAAGUGGGGCUAAUUAUUCAACGUGAACCGGAACAACACAUCAAUGAGAUAGCUUCAAGCUUUCAAAGGCCUUGGGAGGCCUACAUCUGUUGGUUCUUUCCAGUGUUUUUCUGUGCAACAUUUUUCUUUCGCAUGUGCCAGUUUUCCUUGCACAUGAAAAUGCAGUGCGCCAUUUUACCGUAAUCCAUCUGUUCCUUAGGCUCAUUACACAGUUGAGAGAGAUUGUAAUGUAGUUGGCAGUAGUUUGAGUGGUGGAUGUAAUGUAAGUUCUUGAAUUUUGCAUGGAGAUAAAUUUGGUGGGGUUAAAA